GUUGACUUUCUUUGUCCUAAAUUCACUUUUUGAACCAGCAGUAGGUUCCGAAGCAUGACACUGCAUUAAUUCGCAGUGGUGCAGUAUAUAACACAAUAAUAUCAAUCCGAGUAGAUGAAAAUGUAUGAUUGAGUUUUUGGCUCUCUGAGUGAAAAGAGAAAAUGAUGGGAAAAUCUUUUCACUUGUUGCGUGACCCAAAAGAUAGAGAACAUGAUGUCGCGGCCAGAAGUGAACAAAACUCAUCUGUUGACGUUGACGACCUCAUCAAACCAGACGAACAAACUUCGGUCUCCUGCUGGGCCAGGCAGCCAGUUUUGUGGGUAGUUCUCACCGUCGUGGGCUUCUCACUGGUCAGCUUCUUCACGAUCUAUUUUUCGGUGACCGCGGCAAGUAGUCCUGCUUCUGGUUCUGCUACAACCUCCCGACCGGGGGGACAAGGCCAGACCAGAAACGGCGGACAGGGCGGCGGCGCAGGUAGUUCCUCCCCUAAUAACGACAACCACGGUGACCGUGGAAGCACGAACGGCGGGGGCAACAACGGGAAUGGUAAUACCCCCAACCAGGGCAACAAUGCCGGAGGUCGAGACCCCCGGGUUCCGGCAAACCUCCCUGCGCACUACGUAGCAUUCGCCUCGGAGGAGCCGCAGACGGGGGCCGAAGUCCAAAAUGACGCGCGGCUGCGGGGCGCGAAGGCGUUGCGCGGGCGGCAAGAAAAGUUCGUCGCGUUGAGCCCUGCAGGAGCAGCACAACAGCAGCCGCCGCCACGACAGCUCGCGGGGCAGACGGUAGGGUACUACAAUUUCGCGUCCAUUCCGGGCACGAUCACCGUCGACGGCAAGGCGCACGACAAGCAAUGGCUCCUGGAUAACUUGCUGGUGAAGCAGCAGACGCAGUUCCGCACGGUUUUGCAAGAAUUGGAAACGCUCGGCCGCAAACAGGGUCACUACAUUUGGUGGGUGGUACCCAGCGACCGCUGGGGCGGGUCCGAGGCGCCGAACGAGCGGACCGCCGUGGCAAAAGACGCCUGCAAGGAACUGUUCGUCCGGCAGAAGUACAAAACCUUGGUUCUGUACGAGAAGAUUCUGGAGAAAUUUCUGGAAUUGCUCCAAAACCGCCCGACCGGGCGCACAGACCCGGUGUCCGGGAAAAAAAUCCCGAACCCGCGGGUCAUCCCUCCCAUCGACUUUGGGAAAAUUCACUUUUGGAUCCGGUUUUACCAGCGGAGCUGCGAGGAUGCGGAUUGGGUGCCCGACUGGUACAAGAACCUGGUGGCGCGCUGGGACCAGUACCACUUUUGACGAAAGAAUUUCUCAAGUAUUUUUGACAUGCGAGACACCACGAGCACGACCGACGUCAAUGACUAUAGUGGGAUCGAAAAAUAGUGACAAUCGAAACGUGCCACGGUCGAGGAGGUACAAGGCAUUCACUCCUACGCUUUUGGAAAACAGCGAGCAGUCGAUGUAAUUAAGUAUUGAGUAGAACUAGAAGGUGACCCGGAACCUGAAGCCGGCGAGCCACGAUGGAAGCUUGGAUAAUGAAGUUAGAAGUAGAAGCUGAAAUAAAAUGAAGUAAUUCACGAUGCCUGCAAGUCAAGGGAAUGUUGGUACAUAUUACAAUGCACAUCUAGAUGAGUAAGCACUACCUAAACAUCCAUGUGGUAGCUUCGCAACUGAGAUUCUUAUCGUCGUUGCGGAAAAUUUUCUCGCAAUGUCUAUAUUUUGGUUCUUAUUUUGCCUUCAAACUCUUUCUGUCCUCAAAGACCGAACCCAACCAUUUAUUUUACAUUUUGGAAGAACUUGUCUUGAUGUACCCCGAAUAGAAGGAGGAUGUCUAGAGUAGAUGCCCUCGGUAGGGCUAACGAACCCUAGUACACGGUGUAUAAUUUUCUUUUGGCGACAGACUGUUUUCGUUGUCCGCUCGUUUUGGAUGACACAAAAUAAAACGGAUAUAA